AUGUGUAAAGAAGUUAAUUUAAAAUACAUAUACAAUCACAUUAUAAAUUCUGCUGAAUCAUUGAGUUUCUGGAGAGUUGAUGAAGAAGUUCAUGGAAAACUAAUAAAAUUAUUCAAUGAUGGCUACUCAUCCUCUUUUGCAUUGCAUACAUAUAAAGACACAUUACAUCUUAGUAUCUCAAAUGAGCAGGAGCUAGAAGAAACUCUUGGGGACUUUAAUGGUGAACCAAUAUUCAAACGUCUAGAGAUAGUUGUUAAAAAUUAUAAUAGUUUAGGUUGUAGAAAGGCAGUACUGCAAAAAUAUGAUGCACGUGUUGAAACAUCUUUCAUCUUUUGCAUUGUGAUGGGUCUUAUGUGUUGUGUAUAUAAGAAAAUCUCUCAAGCAAGUGAAUUGUACUACAUGGAUGUAUUAGCAUUCUUUGACCCUCUUAAUACAUCAGUAACUUUGUUAUAUACUAGUUGUACUGCAGGUGCACUCUCACUUGGAUUGUUCAUUAUAUCAGAUGAAUUUAAAUUAUAUUAG